UUGAUUAACGGCCAGGAAGGGCUUUACGGCUACAAUGGCAGGGCGCUAGUCGUUGACCUCACACGACAACAGAGUUACUGGCAGACGCUCGACGCGGAUGUGCUGCGCCGAUUCAUUGGCGGUACGGGCCUUGGCACAUAUCUGCUGUACACGCAUUGCCCUCCGGGAAUAGAUGCUUACGACCCUGCGAAUCCGCUUAUCUUCGUUACAAGCCCCCUUGUGGGAAGCAGGCUCACCACAUCGAGCAAGUUCGCCGUGCUCACCAAGUCCCCGCUCACAGGCUUCAUAGGCGACUCGUUGUCGUCCAGUUUCAUGGCGACCGAGUUGAAGAAAACGGGCUGCGACGCGCUAAUUGUUAGCGGCAGGAGCGAAUCACCGUGCUUGCUGUCCAUCGACGACGGUGAGGUGAAAUUCCUCGAUGCUCGCAGUUUCAUGGGGAUGACUACGCUCGACACUGAACGGGCGAUCAAGCAGCAACUAGGGCAUCGCACUCGCGUUGCCUGCAUAGGGCCUGCCGGUGAGAACCUUGUUCGCUUCGCCAGCAUCACGAACGAUGGAGGGCGACAGGCUGCCCGCACGGGACCCGGGGCGGUGAUGGGGUCAAAAAAUCUCAAGGCAAUCGCGGUUAGGGGCACUCAUGCUGUUCCUGUCCGUGAUCACGAUGCAUUGAAUAGCAUCGGCGCUGACCUUACUCGGCGCAGUCUCGGCCCAGCAACCGAGAAGUACAGGACGCUCGGCACCAUGGCGAAUGUGUCGGUGUUCAACAGCCUUGGCACACUACCUACUCGCAAUUUUCAGCAGUCCACAUUCGACGGAGCAGAAGGCGUGAGCGCGGAGAAAUUCCACGAGUCGAAUUUCGUGAAGAACGCCCACUGCGCAAACUGCACCAUUGGCUGCGAGAAAAUUCUGGUUACGAGCGAUAAAGGCAAGAAGGCGCAAGGACGCAUGGAGUACGAAAGCGCCUUUGCGUUGGGUCCGCUGGUUGGUGUUGCGGACGGCAAUACCGUCAUUCGAGCAUCGACUCUCUGCGAUGAGCUUGGCAUGGAUACUAUCAGCGUGGGCGCGACUAUCGCGUGGGCGAUGGAGUGCUUCGAGCGGGGCAUCCUGACCACCGAAGACACAGACGGCAUUGACCUGCGCUUCGGCAGUGGAGAUGAACUCCUCGAAUGUGUGCGGCUCAUCGCUGAACGCAAAGGGGACGGAUGCGUGGGCAAUGCAAGUCAAAGGCUGGAGAUGCCGGGCUACGAACCCCGCAGCCUGAAGACGAUGGCGCUUGGCCUCGCGGUUAGCACCAGGGGGGCGUGCCACAAUCGCUCUUCCGCCUACGAAGCGGAUUUUUCGGCGCGGGUCGAUAGACUCAAAGUCGAUGAGGUGCGCGGGCGCAUUACUGCUGAGGGCGAAGACUUCUCCGCAGUCUUGGACUCGCUGAUAUGGUGUAAGUUCCUGAGAAAGGCAUUCGGCGACCUAUACGAAGAGUCGGCUGAGAUAUACCGCCAUAUCACCGGAUGGGAUAUGACCGCAGAGGAGCUUCAGUUGGCAGGCGAGCGCAUCAACAACCUGAAGAAGCAGUUCAAUAUCCGAGAAGGCUGGUCGCGUGAUGACGAUACCCUGCCACCGCGAGUGUUUGACGAAGUGCUCCCUACGGGAGUUGUGGAAGGUGUUGGCUUGAGCAGGCAGGACCUGGAUAUGAUGGUGCAGGCCUACUACCUAGCGCGUGGCUGGCGCGAGGAUGGUACCAUACCUGCCGCGAAGCUUAAGGAACUGGGAGACAGGAACGAAUUAAGGGCCACUUUGCGGCAGAACUUUCCGCGCAAUCGCGGCCAACUGCUGCCAGCGCUUCAUUUCUUGCAGCACGAGUUUGGCUACCUGCCGGACUGGGCAAUGGAGGUAGUGGGCUGGCAUCUUGGCAUACCUUCGAGCGAGGUGUACGGGGCUGCUACGAGUUACACCGAACUUCGCAUACUCAAACCGGGCGAUCACGUGAUUCGAGUCUGCACGGGGCUGAGCUGCUGGCUCAAUGGCGGCAGGGAACUUGUAAAGAAGGCGCACGCCGAACUCGGCACCGACGGUCUGCGGGACUCGGUUACACUGGAAGAGACGCCCUGCGCUUACAUUUGCGGCGUCGCGCCAGCAGUUGAGAUUGAUGGAGUGUGGCGUGGCAGAGUCAACGCAGAGUCGUUCAGCGGCAUCGUGCAGGAGGUGUCGUCUUGA